AGGGAAACGGGCGAGAAACAUGAGUCGAAAUCGCCCUUGUGAAGGUUUCCACCUUGAAGGAAUAAAAAUCUCCCCCAGUUCCGAGAAGGUCAAGUAAAGGAGGACAUUAAAUGUGAGAAAAGAGAGCGGAAGCAGACGGAAGAAGAGGCGCGUCAAAAAGCGAUCAGCGGCGUCUGACAGCAAGCUCAGGAACUUUACUGGAUUUUUCUUUAGUUUACUUUGAGACGACUCUCAAGUUUUGGUUGGUUGUUGUUCAGACUUUGUGGUUUUAUUUUAGUGUGAUUACCUCAGAGGCGGACUUCUUCCCGGACCGAGUUGUUCUUUGGUAAACAGAAGACUGUCGGAGUUUGGAAGUAAAAAUAAUGCAGGCCGUCAGCGGCUUGUUCUGUGUUUUUCUUCUACACGGGGAGACAUUUGGCCUCUGACCACAAAUGCUGGAUCUAAACUUUUGUCUCUCGAUUUCUCUCCAUGCUUUACCCCGAAGAAGAAGAGGUGUAUAAGUGAGGUGCAGUCUCGCUACUUGUAAUAGUACGUCACUUUGUUCCUGUUGGCCCGUGACAGUGGAUGUCCAGUUAGAGGAACUUUCUCUGGACCUGCACGUCCCUGUGAAAUCAACACGUUGCAGUGGACUGCUUUGUUUACAUGUGUUUGUGCAACAGCUUGUUGUCACAAAGACAUCCUGUACAGUGCAUGGGGAUUACAUUAUUGUCUGGCUUUUUAAAAGGGCUCCUUUUCACCCUGGCAGAGGCCAGCCACCUCCUGCUGUAGGCGGGUGAAGGGGAGCUGAGUGACCGCAACACACACAGGCUUCCUGGAGCUCUGGCUGUUCAUGAUCUGUGACAUUGCCAGUGGAGGGCUGUGUGUGUCAUUGGAUUAAUCUGAGUGGUAACAUCACUCUACACUGCCCUGCUCUGUCCAGUGAGAGUCCCCCAGAAAGCGCCAGUAAUUGGAGCUAUUUUUAGCGUAAGGGAUGGGGUAAAAGCAGGCAGCUGGAAACCCAACUCCCCUCCACCUCCUUCUCUUCCAGCCCUUCUGUCACACUACCUCGCUCAGCCCACCUGGCAGUAUGCUGGGCGAGCCUGGUUAGCACAGACUUGACCUGCAGCUAGUUAGUGUGUUUUUCAAGUACUCUGGAAGAAGAAUUACCAUUGGAAGAACUUUUAAUGCUGAGUAAUAUGAGAUCUGUUGGAACCAUACUGACCAUGGAGUCUGAGUAACCUGGGAGUACUAGCUAUACUGUAUUCUCCCGCUAAAGGCUACACUGGGCACACACAACUUGUACUGGAUUAUUGCUAAGAUGUCUGAAGAACUAUUAGCUGUGUACCUUUGGUUAAACCUGCCCUGGACUAAGUGAACCUGUCAUAAGAAAGUAGAGUCUAUGCCUUUAGCCCUAGGACUUUUAGUUAAAACUCUUAAUUAGAGUAGCCACUUAUUAACAUACUGUAUAAGAAGAAAGGCCUACUUUUGACGACUUAAAAUCUCAGUCACCAGCGAUCUGGAGCGGUACAAAACUCCAGCACACAGAAAGAAUGCAUGAAACUGCCGAAACCAACGAAACAAAAAGCUAACCUGACUAACCAAAUAUUCUAUUUCCCCCACUCCCCAUACCCACAGAGAAACAGAAUAUAUAUGUAGAACGAGAGAUCUAUAUCUAUAGUGUAACUCCACAGAAGACAGAGAUUACAUCCUUUAUAUUUUUACUUCAGAGAGACGAGCUGCCUGUACACCAGUUGGUUGCCUUAGAAACCACAGUCACAAAAAAGAAAAGAAACAAGCCAGAGAAGACGGUGCCUUUUGAUUGGUUGGUUGGUUUCCCACCAUUUCAAGAUUCAUUGAUUAAGUUGGAUGUAAACUGUUGAAGUGAACUCUGGGAUUGAAAACGUGUCUCAUGACAGACUAAACCCCCACAAGCUCCACCCACCUGUCAAAGUGUUUUGUUGACAGUAUUUCCCUGCUGGAUUGAACUAUUGCCAAGCAUUUCCAUGGUGAUCACGUCAUCAUCCGUGGAGGACAAGACUGUGCCCUCUUGCAGGAUGGUCCAAACAGAACCCUGGAUCACCUCUGCCCUGCUGCGCAAGAACAAGAGUGUAAGCAGCUCAGGAUGUCCGCCCACCUCCUCCUCCUCCUCCUCCUCCUCCUCCUCCUCCUCCACUGCCCAGGGCUUCUCCCUCGCUGAGCCAGCCAUGACCAGCCAGCACACACAUACACACCCCUCCUUCAGCUCCAUCCACUCCAUGGCCGAGCAGCAGCAGGUGCUGUCUGAUAUGACCAUACUCCAGCGGAGGAUCCCCCCUAGUUUCAGAGACCCUGCCAGCGCCCCACUGAGGAAACUCUCUGUUGACCUCAUCAAAACUUACAAGCACAUCAAUGAGGUGUACUAUACUAAGAAGAAGCGACGGGCCCAGCAGGUCCCUCCUGAGGACAGCAGCACCAAGAAGGAGAGAAAAGUCUACAAUGAUGGCUAUGACGACGACAACUACGACUACAUUGUCAAAAAUGGAGAAAAGUGGCUGGACCGCUAUGAGAUAGACUCACUGAUCGGGAAGGGCUCCUUCGGACAGGUGGUGAAGGCCUACGACCACCAUGAGCAGGAAUGGGUCGCCAUUAAGAUCAUUAAGAACAAGAAGGCAUUUCUAAACCAGGCACAGAUUGAACUACGCCUGUUGGAGCUCAUGAACAAGCAUGACACUGAGAUGAAAUAUUACAUAGUCCACCUGAAGCGUCACUUUAUGUUUAGGAACCAUCUCUGUUUGGUGUUUGAGUUGUUGAGCUACAACCUGUACGAUCUGCUGAGGAACACCAACUUCAGAGGAGUCUCCCUCAACCUCACCAGGAAAUUUGCACAGCAGCUCUGUACAGCGUUAUUAUUCCUGGCCACUCCAGAGCUGUCAAUCAUCCACUGCGACCUGAAACCAGAGAACAUCCUGCUGUGUAACCCCAAGAGAUCUGCCAUCAAGAUAGUGGACUUUGGAUCCUCCUGCCAGCUUGGACAGAGGAUCUAUCAGUACAUCCAGAGCAGGUUUUACCGCUCUCCGGAGGUUCUGCUGGGAAUGCCGUAUGACCUGGCCAUCGACAUGUGGUCUCUGGGGUGCAUCCUGGUGGAGAUGCACACAGGAGAGCCUCUCUUCAGUGGCUCCAAUGAGGUUGACCAGAUGAAUAAGAUUGUGGAGGUCCUGGGGGUACCGCCCAGCCACAUGCUGGAUGCAGCUCCUAAAGCCAGGAAGUAUUUUGACAAGCUGUCAGACGGUCUGUGGACAGUGAAGAAGAACAAGGACAUCAAGAAGGAGUAUAAGCCCCCAGCCACACGACGUCUUCAUGAGAUUUUGGGUGUAGAGACUGGGGGCCCAGGGGGGCGAAGGGCAGGGGAGCCAGGACACGCCCCCUGUGACUACCUGAAGUUUAAAGACCUGAUCCUGCGCAUGCUGGACUAUGACCCUAAAAGCCGUAUCACGCCAUUCUACGCCCUGCAGCACAAUUUCUUCAAGAAGACGACAGAUGAAGGAACCAACACCAGUUCAUCUACAUCCACCUCUCCUGCCAUGGACCACUCCCAUUCAACCUCCACUACUAGCUCUGUUUCUAGCUCUGGUGGCUCCAGUGGUUCUUCCAAUGACAACCGCAACUACCGCUACAGUAACCGCUACUACAACUCUGCUGUUACACAUUCAGACUAUGAGAUGACCAGCCCUCAGGCUCCCUCCCAGCAGCAGAUGAGGAUGUGGCCAGGCAGUGAUGGUGGAGGUGGGGGUCAGGACCCAGCAUACACCCAGUUGCUGCUCCACAAGCCGGCUGCCUCCCAACAACACCAGCGCCACUUCCUGGACCCGCCCCACCACCCACACCCAACUUACUCCCACCACGGGAACGGUGGGCGUGGCCUGCGGCAGGGCGGACAGACGGGCAUCGGUGGAGGGGGGGGCCAGCAGGGAUCCUCGCCCCAGAUGAGUGACAGCAUGGAUGUGGGCGUGUCCCUAGGGCUGCACCACCUGGGGGCGGUGUCUUCCAUGGAGGCCUCUCAGUUUGGCUCUGCCUCCCUGCCCCUCGCUCUGCCAAUCGGACUGUCUGCCUUCCGGACUCGGACGGCCCCCACCGCCCCAGGGCCACAAGCCCCGCCCCCUGAGGACUACUACCCUGCCUCCAACAACAAUAACCCCGCUGCGGGGGGCAGAGGGAGGCCGGACUCAGACGAGGGGCCAGCCAACUCUUGAUAAAACCUGAACCAUGCCCUAAAGCCAUACAAUUUUAACUACAACUACUACAACUACACACAUACAGCCAGAGUUCAGAGACAAAGAGGUGAACUUUGUGCUGCAGGAGACAGUUUGUACUGCAUGAGAGGAGGAGGAGGAAGGAGGAAGAUGCUGGGAAAACUCUCCUUUAUCAUCCUGUUUUAGUUUGUUGUCUUUUGUUGCGACUGUAAUUGGAAAGGAAUGAUUGUGACAAGUUUGUUUUUAUUAAUAUUAUUAUUAUUGUUGUUUAAUAUUAUUUGAUUUUUUUCUCGGGUUUGAGGAGUUGUGUGUUCUACUUGGUUGUUUUUUAAGCCUGGAGAGGAGGAGGAGGAUGAAGAGGAAAGAGAGAGGAGCCAUGCUUUUCCAUUUUACUGCAUAAGUGGAAGAUCACAUGUUCACACUGGUUAGUUAUGACAUUAAUAUAUUCAUAUUUACAGUCCCUAGAGACGAGCAGUCUUAACACACACACACUCAUACAUAUAUACUGCUGCAUCAAGAAGACAGAAGCUGGUUUCAACAUAUGUGUGAUUCAGGACUCAUGGAUUCUCUCUCCUGUCUGUGUUAAACUCACUUUUUCUUAGAGUUUGUGUCCUCCCUCUGUCGCUCUCCGCCUGCUCGUGACAGAGUCCGGAGAGAGGGAGGGA